AUGCACAUCAUUAAGCCCAUCUGGCUCACCCACGGAGGAGAAAAGAAGGAUUUCGAGGUCUACAGUUGCCAUGUCUCCCCAGACGGCCAGCGUCUCGUCACCGCGGCCGGUGAUGGCUACGUGCGAAUAUGGUCAACCGAGACCAUUUACAAUGCGGUCAACUCGAAAUACGACAAGCCCAAGCAGCUGGCGUCGAUGAGUUAUCAUUCUGGGACCAUUCACACAGUGCGCUUCUCACCGGGAGGAAAGUUCUUGGCUUCAGGCGCAGACGACAAGAUCGUGUGCAUAUAUACCCUUGAUCCGGGCCCGCCCUCUCAUGCCGCGUUCGGUUCAAACGAGGCACCCCCAGUCGAGAACUGGCGCAUCUUUCGGAGGCUGAUCGGACAUGACAACGAUGUGCAAGAUCUGGGGUGGUCACACGAUGGGACAAUUCUCGUGUCGGUCGGCUUGGACUCGAAAGUGGUGGUCUGGUCGGGCUUUACAUUCGAGAAGCUGAAGACACUGCCCAACCACUCCAGCCAUGUCAAGGGCAUCACAUUUGACCCGGCAAAUAAAUACUUCGCCACAGCCAGCGACGACAGGACCAUCAAGAUCUUCCGGUUCACAUCUCCGACGCAGAAUUACACCACACAUGACGCAGUGAACAAUUUUGUGCUCGAAACCACCAUUACACAACCUUUUGUUCAGUCUCCUCUAACAACAUACUUCAGGCGGUGCUCUUGGGCCCCCGAUGGGCAACAUAUCGCAGCGGCGAAUGCCGUCAACGGGCCGGUCAGUGCGAUCGCUAUAAUCGAACGCGGGACCUGGGGUGGUGACACGACGCUCAUUGGACAUGAAGGACCGGUGGAAGUCUGCGCCUUCUCUCCGAGAUUGUAUGGAUCGGACCCAAAUCCGAGGCCUUUGCCGGAAGGUCAUGUAGCGCCUCACACGACCGUCAUCGCGUGUGGCGGCGCAGACAAGUGCCUCAGUAUCUGGACAACGAGCAAUCCUCGGCCGCUCGUAGUGCAGCAGGAUGUCGCGGCAAAACCCAUAUCGGAUAUUGCUUGGAGUCCGGAUGGUCAAACGCUGUUCGCGACUGCUCUGGAUGGGACGAUCCUCACCAUCAUGUUCGAGGUGGGAGAGCUGGGUUACACUCGACCUAUUGAAGAAAACGAUCGGUCACUCACCAAGUUCGGUACCUCGAGGAAAGGCCUGGGUUUCCCGGAGACGACCGAUGCGCUAUUGCUCGAAGAGAUGAGCAAAGCUGGUGAGCUGAAAGGCGUCGAGGGCCGGAUGGGAGCUCUGAUGGGCGACCUACACUCUUCGCAACCGGCAGCAGCAGAAAAGACCAACGGAGCGCCCAAUGGUAGCAGCGCCGAGGAACCUCAUACAAAUGGCGCAACUGAGACAGGCCUCACUGGCCGAGCCUCGGCAAAGGCACAAGACGACCAAAACCAGGCGAAACUCGAAAAACUGAAGAAUCGAGUUGAGAUCACCAAGGAUGGAAAGAAGAGGAUACGGCCACUAUUGGUGUCAGGCGCUGGUGGAACAGAAUCCUCGUUGCCACAGACCAAACUUGUCAGUGCCAGCGCCAGCGUGCAGCAAGCCAAAGAUGCGCCCCAAACAGUGCUCGACCUCUCCAAGCCGUUUGACGGCCUGCCAAAGGGCGGCUUGCCUACGUUGCUACUUGGCAACAAACGCAAGUAUGCUGAGAUUGAGGGAGAAGAGCCCGGCGCAGCGGAGAAGCGAGUCACGGCUGCAAGUCAACGAGCAGCCGCACCUAUCGUCGUCAAUGGCGCCGACGGGCUGCUUCCUGCGCAGCCACUACCGAUGGUCAAUAUCCAGCAAACCACCCCAGAGUUCAUCCGACCAGCUGUCGUCAACCCAGCAUCGAGCGUUGCCCAACUAAGACUUGCCGUUCCCAAGGUCCGAGCGCAAAUUAUACAAGGUAUCGAUUGCAGUGGCAAACCUGCUGAUGUGGCGGGAGACUCAACAUCCAAGUCCCGUGCUGAAUUCGUUCUCGAAAUAAAGAACCCCUCUCCUCAGUCACUGACUCCCAGAGCGCAAGAUCGGGAGCCAUGUCGGAUCACACUGACGCGCAAAGAUCAGCCUCUCUGGCUGGACUUUCUACCUCGACCCGUCCUCUUGGCUACAGGGACUCGGACCUUCUGGGCAGUAGGGGACGAGACAGGGUCAAUCUACAUAUGGACUCCGCACGGUCGAAGGCUCAACAGCGCCAUAGUCACGGAAGCACAGCCCGUCAUCCUGGCAUCGUAUGAGUCGUGGCUGAUGUGUAUAACGGCCGUGGGGAUGUGCUAUGUGUGGAACAUCCAGAGCAUGUCAUCACCACAUCCCCCAGUUUCGCUGGCACCUGUACUUGACGCUGCGAUCCAUUCACUCGCCGCCCACCCGACAGGUGCUCCGGCAAUUACACAAGCUCGACUGAACUCGGAAGGUCGGAUCAUCGUGAGCAUGUCGAACGGUGAUGGCUACGCAUACUCACCGCAGAUGUACUGCUGGCAGCGACUUUCAGAAGUGUGGUGGGCGGUGGGCAGCCAGUAUUGGAACACGACAGAUUCAUCAGUGGGCAAUGUCCAGUCCGCCAAGGCACAAUCUGGUUCGGACAAGUCGGUCGAUGUCUCGUCUGGUAUUGUGCCGUGGCUGGAAAGAAGCACGACCUCAGAAACACUGUUACGGGGCCGCGCUUACUUCUUGCAGCGGCUGGUCAAGGUUCUCUUGUCACGCGAAGGGUUCGAGACGUUCGAGUCCGGUGUUUCCAUAGCGCAUCUCGAGAACCGUAUGGCUGCGGCUUUGAUGCUGGGCGCAAAGGACGAAUUCCGGAUAUACCUGCUCAUGUACGCAAAACGUCUAGGAGCAGAAGGAUUGAGGCUCAAAGUCGAAGAACUCCUCCGCACGCUCAUUGGCGGCAUCCUUGACCAGUCUGUUCAGCAUGAUGGCGAAAGCAGUGCAGCCACGGCGAACGCCAUCGAGGGGCGCAACUGGCGGGAAGAUGCGAAGACCAUCUGCGGGUGGUCUCGAGAAGAGCUCCUGAAGGACGUUGUCUUGCUUCUCGGGAAACAUCGAGAUUUACAGCGGAUCACCGUGCCAUACGCCAAAAUGUUGCGCGUCCUCGACGACGUCACCGGAGGACAGGAUGAGAUGGUUUUGUAA